AUGGCCUCCAAUUCCAAACUCCGUAAGUAUUUGACAGUUUAUGUACAUUAUAAUGGUUUAUUCGCACCAAAACCAUUACUGUACUUGAACGCGGUUGUUGUUUCAAUCUCUGAUGUCGAUUUUGGUGCAAUGGAUCUCAAAGAGUUUAAGUUGUUCGUUACGAAGAUGAUUGAAGGCAGUUGCGAUAAUGCUAAUAUGGAACUACUAGAAGAUGAUGAAGGGUAUUAUUCUGAGCCAGACGUGGAUGAUGAUAAAGACUCACAACUUUCUGAUGAUAUUCCAUAUGAGCAUAAAGCAGAUGGUUACAUCCCUUCUCUUGACAAGACUGUCGGUGAUGAAUUCUUACACCCGGUGUCAGGUAUUUCUAAGGAUAAAAAUGAUGAGGUUGAAACCAACAAUGGGGAUGACAAACCAGUGUACCCUAUCCAUAAUGAGAAUAAAAAAUGGGACAAAAUGGUGCCAAUUCUAGGUAUAAGAUUCUCUAACCCUAUGAAAUUGAAAUUUUAUUUGACUAACUAUGCAGUGAAGAAUGAGUACAAUCUUUAUUAUGAAAAAAAUGAUAGUCAGAGGAGAUAUGCUUUGGAUGAAAUAGAGGGUAGUUUGAUAGAACAUUAUGGUAAAGUAUGGAGUUAUGGAGAAGAAAUAAUGAGGAUAAAUCUUGGUUCAACAGUAAAGAUAGAUGUGAAUGUCAUGCCUGAUUCAACCACUUACUUUUCUAAAAUGUAUGUUUGUUUUAAGGGUGUGAAGGAUGGUUGGAUUACAGCAUGUAGGAGGGUAAUAGGGGCAUAUGGUUGUUUUUUAAAAGGUAUAUGUAAAGGCCAAUUGUUAGCAGCUAUGGGCAGGGAUGUAAACAACCACAUCUUCCCUAUUGCAUGGGCUAUGGUGGCAGUAGAGAUUAAAGAAACAUGGAAGUGGUUUCUUGACCUCCUACUACUCAACCUAAAGUUGAGGCAGAAAUGA